CUCAGGAAGAUAGCAGGUUGACAUUGCCGGAGAUCUGUAUUUGCCUUGCCUUGUUCCUUCAUGUCACAAUAAUGCAGUUUCUGGUGGCAAUUUUCACAGUCAUUUGCUCAGGGUUUGCGCAUGCAGCCUAUCUCGAGGCAGAUCAAGACACGACAGUGCCUGAGGACUGGGUCCAUGCUGGUCGCGUUAGUCCCGUGGAAGAAGUGGAGCUAACGUUUGCUCUCAAACAGCAAAAUGUGGAACGGCUGAGGGAGCUCCUCCAACAAGUGUCAGAUCCGGACUCGGACCAGUAUGGGAAGUAUUUGACCCUGGAGGAAGUCACGUCCCUUGUUCGUCCCUCUGACUUGACCCAGAAAGCAAUUCUGCUUUGGCUCAACAGUCAUGGAGUGACAAACUGUCACACGGUUCUGACUCAGGACUUUCUACAGUGUCUCAUGCCUGUCCAGGUGGCAGAGAUGUUACUCCCAGGCAGUGAGUUUCACCGUUACACCAGAGGAGACCGUUCGCUGAUCAGGUCCGCCUCUCCCUACGCUGUUCACAAUGACGUGUCGCAGCACCUGGACUUUGUGGGCGGGGUUCACCGUUUCCCGCCGAAGUCAGAGGUGGGGAAGAGCUGGAGUGGGAGGAGACAGACCAGUCCAGGUUUCCACCUCGGGGUGACACCCGCCGUUCUCAGGAGCCGCUACAACCUGACGGCCGCCGACGUCGGCUCCGCCGCAAACAACAGCCAGGCGGUCGCCCAGUUCUUGGAGCAGUUCUAUCACCCAGCGGACCUGGCGGAGUUCAUGACCAUGUUUGGGGGUGGAUUUAAGCACCUGUCGGUGGUUGAUAAAGUGGUUGGGAAGCAGGGUGGAGGAAAGGCAGGGAUCGAGGCCAGUCUGGACGUGGAGUACAUCAUGAGCUCCGGAGCCAAUAUCUCCACCUGGGUCUUUACUAACCCUGGUCGGCACGAGUCCCAGGAGCCUUUUCUGCAGUGGAUGCUGUUGCUUAGCAACAUUUCCUCCAUCCCUUGGGUCCACACCAUCAGCUACGGGGAUGAUGAGGACAGCCUGUCAGCGGCGUACAUGGAUCGCAUCAACGCAGAGUUCAUGAAGGCCGGGGUCAGGGGGAUAUCCAUGCUCUUCGCCUCCGGUGACAGUGGAGCUGGGUGUCGACACAUGGACCGUGGAGUGAACGUUUUCAGGCCGAGUUUCCCCGCCUCAAGUCCCUAUGUGACCACGGUGGGCGGAACUUCAUUCAAGAACCCUUACAAAAUAACCUAUGAGGUGACAGAUUACAUCAGUGGGGGUGGCUUCAGCAAUGUCUUCGCUAUGCCCGACUAUCAGGUCAGUGCUGUAAACAGCUAUCUGAAAGGUGUCCAGUCUCUCCCGCCUGUCUCAUAUUACAACGCCAGUGGAAGAGCUUAUCCCGACAUCGCCGCUCUGUCUGAUAACUACUGGGUCGUCUCCAACCGGGUCCCCAUCCCCUGGGUGUCCGGAACAUCGGCCUCUACGCCGGUGUUUGGUGGAAUCCUGUCCCUCAUUAAUGACCAGCGUUUUCUGAAGGGUCUUCCCUCUCUGGGGUUCCUCAACCCUCGGCUUUAUAAGCUACAGGGCCGCGCUCUCUUUGACGUCACAGAGGGCUGUCACCUGAGCUGUUUGGAUGAAAAAGUCCAGGGGAAAGGCUUCUGUGCCUCCCCCUCAUGGGAUCCGGUCACGGGGUGGGGAACCCCAAAUUACCCCGCCCUCCUCAAAGCUCUGCUGGAGAAAUAAUCGCCCCCCCCCCCCCCCCCCACACCCUCCUGAAUCAACUUGGCUGUAAACUCCUACCUGCAUUAUAAUGUGCUCGUCCGCAAUCGCCCAGAUGUCAAUCAAACGAUCUGGACAUGU